AUUCUAGCUACGAACGUGAAGUACAGGUGGGUAGCUAGAUUGCUAACAAGCUAAUGCUAAUUCGGUAGAUGCCUAACAUAACGAUUCGAUACGUCAUUUUAUUUUCAGUACCGUGAAAUCUUAUGCUACUAGCAUAUGCAUUUUUGUCUAUGAAGACUGAUUCAAUAUGGCUUUUCAGCAGGCUAACUAAUAGCUAGGCCUGUUAGCCACAUUAGCCCAGCUAGCGCAAUCAUUUCUGUGUUUUGCUGAUAAGCUAACUAGCUAGCUACCUGUUCGUUAGCCUCCUACAUUGACAGAAUCAUGAGUCUCAGAAAGCAGACCCCCAGUGACUUUCUGAAGCAGAUCAUUGGCAGACCAGUUGUGGUCAAGCUCAACUCUGGAGUGGAUUACAGAGGUGUCCUAGCCUGUCUGGAUGGCUAUAUGAACAUUGCAGUGGAGCAGACAGAGGAGUAUGUCAAUGGCCAGCUGAAGAACAAGUAUGGUGACGCCUUCCUGAGAGGAAACAAUGUGUUAUACAUCAGCACCCAGAAGAGGAAGAUGUGAUGCAGAGGAUUUGUCCCUUUUUAAAAUUAUUUUUAUUAUCCCGGACGUUGUUCCAGUUGAUUAUGUUAUAUGAGAAUUGUUUUUCGUAUUGUUUAAUGUCUAUGAGCUGAAGAGUGUUUAGUUUUUUGUAAAAAGGAGAACAAUCCAAUAAAUGUUUUUGGAAGUUUAA